CUGCUAGAUCAUAACCCUACUUUUAUUAUUUUUUUUAAUCUAGAAAUGAACACAGAAGCAGAGCAACAGCUUCUCCAUCACGCCAGAAAUGGCAACGCUGAAGAGGUGAGAAAGCUACUAGAAGCCAUGGAGCGGACUGAAGUGAUCGCUGCCAUCGACUGUAAGGGAAGAAGUAAGUCUAAUUUGGGCUGGACACCUCUUCAUCUGGCAUGCUAUUUUGGACAUAAACAAGUGGUCCAGGAUCUGUUGAAGGCUGGUGCAAAAGUGAACGUGUUAAAUGACAUGGGGGACACGCCACUUCAUCGAGCUGCCUUCACAGGACGAAAGGUGAAAAAUGUUCUAUUUUUUUGUUUGUUUGUUUGCAAAUGAGAUGGUUGGAAGAAUAGUCCCUGCUAUCUGCUCAGUCCUACCUACCUGACCAGCCCCUGGGAAAGCCAAAAGGAAGUGUGGAAACUAGCCCUUUGGUCAGAAGGGCACACGGUGAGCAGGAGGGAUCUGAGCAUUGCGCAGUGAGGGAAAACACAAAGGCCAUGUGUGCUGCUCCUGAUUGAACAUGCUCAGCUCCCCCCCCCACCACCAAUGUGUGCCAGAAGCAAAGCCUAACUUCCAUUGUCUCAGUUCACCUUGGGAGGUAUCCAUUGCAGUGAUUUCUAGUGUAUUUUCAUAGUUGUGUAGCCAUCACCAUGACUCAGUUUGGGAACAUUUCAGUCACCCCAUUACAUUUUCUGGAUCCUCUACACAUUCAUUCCCUAACCUUCCUCAAGCCUCAGGUUACCAUUUGUUGUUUUCUCUAGCUAGUUGCCUUUUCUAGAAAUUUCUUACAAGUGGAAACACUUUUGAACCAUAAUGAUGAGGUUUAUCUGAGCUGCAGCAUGCAGCAGUUCUGUGUGUCUAACUGUGCACACGUGCAUGGGACACAAUGCCAGAGCAAGCCCUCUUGUGCGCUGCUUUGUCACUUGGUGCCUCACUCCUUCAAGAUAGGGUCUUGUCACUCACCCCAGAGCCACAUGGGUGGCCAGCAGGCCCCAGCAGUCCUCCUGUUUCUGUCCUCACGGUGUUGGGUUACAGGCUGGAGUGCAAUGGUGUCUAACUUUCUCUGUGUCUUUGACCUGAGGGCCUAAUGCUUGCACAACAAACACUUUUACUUUCUGAGCCAUUUUCUGAACCCCUCUGCUAAGUCUUUUUUGUUUGUUUUUUCAAGACAGGGUUUCUCUGAGUUAACAGCCCCAGCUGUCCUGGAACUUACUUUGUAGACCAGGCUGGCCUUGAAUUCACAGAGAUCUGCCUACUUCUGCCUCCUGAGUACUGAGAUUAAAGGCAUGCGCCACCACCGCCCCGGGCUGUGCUAAAUCUUGAAAGUACUUUUCUAGUACCCUGCGUCUGCAUAGCUUAGCAGUCGGUCAGCCAUUUCUGGUCCCAGUGGCUCACGCACUCCUCUCAUGGACUUCUGCUUUGCCAGAGAUCUUCAUUUGGCUGUUCACAUAUUUGGGCAUUUCUACUUUUUUCUUGAACUCUGAAUAUAUGAUCAUGCUAAAUUGGGCCUUAGUUUAAAAAUCCAACUAUGUUCAUAUAACAUUUAACUAAAGUAAAUGGCUAUAACAUGUACAAGUAUUAAGCAUAUAUAUAUGUGUGUGUGUGUGUGUGUGUG